AUGGGUCCGAGAAGGGGGGAAAUAGAGCCGUUAGCACCCACGGAUCACAGCGUGAUCACUUAUGAGGAGAUCAAUAAGGAUUUCUACGAGGAGCAUGAGGAUAUCAAGCGUUUGAGCGACGCGGAUGUAGAGCGGGUUCGGAGGGAGUUGGAUAUGCAUGUCCGCGGGGUCGGGGUGGCCAAACCAUGCAUCUCCUUUGCGCAUUUCGGGUUCGAUGAUGCGCUGGUCAACGUGGUACGGAAGUUGGGAUACACGGAACCAACGGGGAUCCAACGCCAGGCCGUCCCCGUCGCCCUCUCGGGUCGCGACAUGAUCGGGAUCGCGAAAACUGGGAGCGGGAAGACCGCCGCCUUCGUCUGGCCGAUGCUGGUGCAUAUCAUGGACCAACGCGAACUGGAAAAGGGCGAGGGCCCGAUCGGGUUGAUCCUUGCCCCCACACGGGAACUGGCGCAUCAGAUAUACAUAGAGACGAAAAAAUACGCAAAAGCGUAUGGACUGAACUGCGCAUGCGUCUACGGCGGCGCCUCCAAAUCCGACCAAUUCAAAGACCUGCGUUCCCCCGUCGAGAUCCUCGUCGCGACGCCGGGGAGGUUACUCGACCUGAUCAAAAUGAAGGCGACCAACCUGCGUCGCGUGUCCUACCUCGUCCUCGACGAAGCCGACCGGAUGUUCGACCUCGGCUUCGAGCCGCAGGUCCGCUCCCUCUGCACGGCCGUUCGCCCCGAUCGCCAAACCCUGCUCUUCUCCGCGACGAUGCGGAAACGCGUCGAACGCCUCGCGAGGGAUGUGCUCACCGACCCGGUGCGGAUCUCCAUCGGCGCCCAGAACGCCGCGAACGCAGAUAUCACCCAACACAUCCACGUCCUCCCCGACGACACCUACAAAUGGGCCUGGCUCACGUCCCACCUCCCUGCAUUCACGGCCGAGGGAAGCGUGCUGGUCUUCAUUGGCCGGAAGGCGGGCGUGGACGCGCUCACGGACUCGUUGCAGGGCGCCCGCGUGGAGUGUGCCAAGCUGCACGGGGACAUGAUGCAGGCGGAUCGGGACCGGGUCGUGCGGGAGUUCAAGGCGGGGAAAUUCAAACUCCUCGUAUGCACCGAUGUCGCGGCUAGAGGACUCGACAUCAAGAGUGUGCGCACCGUUAUCAACUACGAUGCACCGAAGGAUAUAGAAACCCACAUCCACCGCAUCGGGCGCACGGGCCGCGCGGGCACAAAGGGCGACGCGCACACGCUCAUCACGCAGUCUGAAGACAGAUUCGCGGCCGAGCUUGUGCGCAACCUUGAAGAAUCGGGCGUCGCUGUUCAGAGCGAUGUGAUGGGGGUGGCGAUGCGGAACGGGCGGUUCAGGAAGGGGAGGGAGGGGUUUGCGCGCGGUGGGAGGGGGAGGGGGAGAGGUGGGGGGCGAGGCAGGGGGAGGGGACGGGGGGUGGGGUUCGGGCAGGGAGGUGGAUCGGGGGGUGGGGCGAAUAGUGUGCCGUUGGGUGGGGGUGGGUUUGCGAGGCAUCCGCCGCCGCCAUCGUUGGGGGCGCCGGGAGGGGGUUAUUCGAGGCAGCCGCCGCCGCCGACGUCGUAUGGUGCUGGGACGGGGUUUAUGGCGUUCCAGCGGGCGCAGAGUGCGCAGGGGUCUUCUACUUCGUUUCUUGGUGGUACGGCACAACAACAACAACCACCUCCUCAGCGGCCCCCGCAACAGCAGCCACCGCAACAACCGGAACAGCAGAGGAGGCGACGAUGGGAUACUUGA